AUGUGGCCAAAAACUGUUCUAGGAAAAGUUAUAUUUUAUGGUUUAUUACUAAUCAUAUUUAUUAUUGGAUUAGUUUUAUUAAUUCCAAUGCCAUUGGCCAUAUUUCCAGCAGUAAUUUCAAGUGAAUUAAUAAUUAAUCCAACAUCUAACUCAACUUGGGGUCAAUUAACAAAUUAUUGGUGGAAAUUACCAAUGAUAAGUCAUUAUGAUUUUAUAUUGUGGAAUAUUACUAAUCCAGAUGAAGUUAAUUUUUUUGGAGCAAAAGCAGCAUCUAUUCCUAUUGGUCCAUACUCUUAUCUUGAAUCAGAAAUUAAAGAUAAUAUUAUAUUGAAAGAUAAUGGUAAUAAAGUAUUUUUUCAAAAUAUAAAAACUUGGACUUAUAAACAAGAAACAUCAUGUAAAUAUUGUAAUUGGGAGGAUAAAUUUUUUUUACCAAAUCCAGCUUUUAUGACAGUAGUAAAAAUGAUUGAAAAAUAUAAAAUUAAAGGUAUCCAAAAAAUACUUUUAGAAGCUUCUUUAUAUUUAUUUGGUGAAUAUCCAGUAAAAGAAGUUCCUCAGAAAGGAGUUCUUUUUUUAAGUUAUUAUGAUCCAUUAAUUAGUUUUAUGAAUUCGGAUUUAAUGAAAUUACUUAUAUCAAUAGGUGGUCCAAAUGUUCUUGGAUUUCCAGUUCCUGAUCUUAAACAUAUUGGAUAUUUUCCUCUUUAUAACAAUACAAAUGAUGAAGAUUAUUUAACAUAUACGGGUAAAGAUGAUGCAAAGAAACUUGGAAAAAUAAUUAAUUGGUCUAAUAGUACUCAUUUAAGAUGGUGGAAAUCAGAAUAUGCUAAUGAUUUAGAAGGAGCUACAGAUGGUACUUUUAAUGGUGCUUUUAUUGAUGAUGGAGAUGAUUUUAAAAUAUUUCAAUCAUUUGCUUGUAGACAUUUUCAAAUGAUAAAUAAUGGAACAGAAAAUGUAGAUGAUAUUCCUACAGUUAGGUGGAAAAUAAGUGAUGACAAUUUUAAUACAUAUCUUGAAAAAUUUAAAGGAUAUGAAUAUGAUAAUAAUGAAAAUGCUACAUAUUUUCCUGAUUGGCCUUGUGGUAAUAAUGGAAUUACACAUGUGGGCGAAUGUGACAAAAUAGAUUGUAAUCAACCACAAAACUUUUGUUAUUCAUGUUGUAAAAAUAAGAAUAUUAUUAAAAAUAAAGUUAAAAUGCCUCCUGGAAUUAUUCCAUUAAAAUGUUUUCCAGGAUUAGAUAAGGAUAUGCUUUUUUAUGCAACAUUAUCACCACCAAAUUUUGCUUACUCUCCAAAAGAAGUUCAAGAUUCAAUAAUUGGUGUUAAUGCUAAUAUAGAAAAUGAUAAUUUAGGAUAUUUUGAUGUUCAAAGUACUUUAGGUUCAACAGUAAAAGCAUUUUUAAGACUUCAAUUAAAUAUUCCAAUUUGGAAUACAAAUUCUAUAUCACAACUUAUUCAACAUCGUUCAGUUAUGUUUCCAUGUUUCUCUUUAACAGUAAGAGUUACAUUAAAAGAUUACGCUACAAAUUUUAUAAGAUUAGCAUCAAAAAUUGCACCACUUAUAAUAUUAAUACUUGGUAUUAUUUUCGUUUCAUUUCCAAUAUUUAUUAUUGCUGUAGUAUUUAUUUUAAAUAGAAAAGAGAACAAUUUAAGAAAAAUGAGUAAUGAAAAUGAACUAAAAAAUUUAUCAUCAUCAAAAAAAAGUAUUGAUAUAAGAGAAGACUCAAAUUAUGUAGAUCAAAUAAAUUCUGAUUAUUUAGAUCUCUAA